UAAUCUUGUUCAUGUCCUCGCCCAUCUGCAUCAGUGUUCGAACGUUCAAUUGUGCCGUAGCGGAGCGCGGCAUUUCUUGUCUGGUUCAAGGGCUUGCGCGUAUGAAUUUCCAUCUCGUUCUUGCUCGCAUUCGUUAACAAUUACGACAAGAGUCCAACUCACGCAAUGUUAGGUUUCAUUUCGAGUCCCACAAGGCCUUCGUAACGUGAAGAACCUAGCUAUUGGGAGCGCUCCGUAUGUCAGAGUGAGCGUCUGAGCCGACUAUUUGGUGGCACCACCACCUGCGGUGAUGACAACUGCCAAUCAAGACAUAUAUUGCUGCUCCAGUCAGUCGACGCUCUCAAGCGCCCGCCAUUCCGCAUUAAAGCGUCAACAUUUGGUAUUCAGCCCAAGAGCCCAUCGACAUACGGUAACCUUUUAAACUGACAUCUACAUCAUCUGCAUUAUCAUUUUACAGCUGCCCUAUCAGUCUAUCCCAUCCCAUGGCCGUCGACCCCGUCUUCCGCAUCGCACCAACCAGCCAGUCGUAUGACUGGGGCAAGGUCGGUGAAGACUCCAAGGUUGCCCAGCUCUCUGCAGGGGCGGGCAUUCCGGGCUUUACCGUCAAGCAGUCUACUCCAUACGCCGAGCUAUGGAUGGGCACCCACACCAAGUCGCCCUCUGGCGUGAUUGGCUCGAGCAACACCCUCCCUCAGCUCCUCGCCCACUGCCCGCAGCUGAUCGGUACAUCCAUCUCGAGCCGCUUCGACAAUAAGGACGGCAACCUGCCCUUCCUCUUCAAGGUCCUCGCCAUCGAGAAAGCGCUCAGCAUCCAGACCCACCCAGACAAGAAGACGGCCGAGGAGCUGCACGCUUCCCACCCCGACAUCUACAAAGAUCCUAAUCACAAGCCCGAGAUGGCGCUCGCCCUCACGCCGUUCAAGGCGCUCUGCGGGUUCAUGCCCGUCCCCUCCAUCCAGGCCUACCUCCGCGCCGUGCCCGAGUUCGCCGCGCUCAUUCCGCCCGCCAUCACCUCCGCCUUCCUCGCCCUCACGUCGUCCUCGCCCGAGGCCGACCAGAAGAAGCGCCUCCGCGAUCUCUUCGCCGCGCUCAUGACCGCCGACGAGUCGCAGGUCAAGGCGCAGCUCGCCAAGCUCGUCGCGCGGUACGAGGCGGCUGCGACGGCGGGCGGAGCGGGGCUGGACAACGUGCGCGAGCUGGUGCUGAGGCUGAAUGAGCAGUUCCCGGGCGACAUUGGGGUGUUCUGCGUGUUCGUGCUUAAUUAUGUGACGAUGGCGCCGGGCGAGGCGAUCUUCCUGGGCGCCGGGGAGCCGCAUGCGUAUGUGUCUGGAGACAUCAUGGAAUGCAUGGCCAACUCGGACAACGUCAUCCGCGCCGGUCUGACCCCCAAAAUGCGGGACGUGCCGAACCUCAUCUCCGUGCUCACGUACGUGCCCUCGGCCGUGUCCAAGCACAUGGUCCAGCCCACGCCGUUCCCCGGCGCGCAUUCCACGCUGUGCUACGACCCGCCGGUCCCGGACUUUACCGUGCUGCAGACGACGCUUGCGCCGAGCAAGCCCGAGGUGCACCGCGCGAUCGCGGGGCCGUCGAUCGCGAUUGUCGUCGAGGGCGCGGGCGCGGUCGAGUGGGGGAGCCAGAAGUCGCUCGAUUUGCAUUCGGGGAACGUUAUCUUUAUCGGGGCGGAUACGCCGGUGAGCUUCACCGCGAGGUCUGGGACGCUGGUGGUGUACCGCGCGUUUGUGGAGGAAUAGAGGGGAGGUGCAGUGAGCAAUAGAAGGCAAAGCGUUAUCAGAAAAGAAGGUUAUUGAUUCUAGUUUAUGUACUUUUAGCCAAUCGGAUCACCCGGUAUCGGAACUGCCUACAAAGGCUCUGCUCCCCUGUGUUGAACACUGUGGCGCCAAGGGAGUCCAAACCCGGGCUACACUUGUUCAUACACCAAUCUCUUCUUAGCGACUUGCCUGUUGGAGUAGCACCCUCUUUCUUGAGGCUACCACCAAGUAUGGGCUCGGAAUGUGUGCGCCAUCUCUUAGCUUCAUCGCUUCAUUCAUCGCCCUCCCUUCUUUUCACAUCAUCUGCCUUGUUCGCCCUGUUCCAUUUGGUCAAAAGCAGUCGCAACAGCGGCUCAUAACACCGGUUCGUGAGGAUGGUACCUUCUUCCAGGUCAUGGGGCUUGUGGGCAGACCAAGUCAAGCUUGCUCAACGCUGAUUAGAUUCAUAUCAGAGGGUCAGGUUCAGAUCACACUGUAGUGCUGGGCACGGCGUUCGACUAGAUCCGCCACGAACGUGAAUACUCACUUUGUGCCUUCCGACACGUGGGGGACCCACCCUCGCGGCCAUCGUGAUAGAGUGAGGGUAUAAAGCAGAAAGCGGCAGAACGUACAAGAUCAGGAAUCUGCAGGUCCCCGAGAGGGUCUUCGAUCUCUCUGCUGAGGACAACAGGUCUAUCAUCGGCUGGCAGGACAAAGGCGGCGGAGAGGAAGGCGCCAACCAAGCUUGGAGGUUCUUCCAGCAGGACAGCGGCUUCUGGUCGAUCGAGUCCGUCAAGUAUCCGGGCGUCUUCAUCGGCAUCUCCGAUGCGCCCGGCGACGGUGUGCGUCUCAUCGGCCAGGGCGAGCCGCUCGAGUGGCAGAUCGUCCCGAACUACGAGGCGUUCGCCGGGGAGGGGUUCGAGGACGACAGGGAGGCGAACGCGUUCAGGCUCUUGAUACCCGGGAUGUACUUCAACGCGGACUUGGCCGAUCACGGUAGCGCGUACGCCGUUCAGCUUUGGGGCAAGUGGCGUGGCCAGAACCAGUCGUGGAUUCUCGAUGAAUUCUGGGGUUAGAGUGCGACUGUAGGGAGGUGCUUGGAGGUGUGUAUCAGAUCAUCGUGACGGAAGUCAAACAAGGAAAAGAGAUGAUACUUCAGAUCGUACGUGAGUUACACUAAAGGUAUUACAUGGAAAUAGAACAAAAGACACAUCAAGCAUAUCAGAAACCUCAAACGGUCAACUUCACAGGACUAAUCGACGUCUUAACCUCCACCCUCCCCCUCUCCCUCCCCACCCUCCCACCCUGCUCAUCCGCCCAAUAAACAGCCCCACUCGCCGCCCCCCUCCCCUUCCUCACAUCCUCAAACACCCUCGCGCGGCCCCUGCCCGCCGGAUCCUCGACAUUGCUCCGCGUAACGAGCGUCGCGCCGAGCAGCGACGUCUCGGCGUGGAACGUGCCCUCGUACGCGGAGUGCAGCGUCACCGUCGCGGGCGCGUUGGCCGUGCGCGCCGAGGCGCGCAGCUUGGAUCCAGCAGGGGACGAGGCGAAUGCGAGGCGAAGCGGGGCGUUGACGGUGCUUGCCUGGACGUCGAAGGCGCCGCCGGUGCCUGGGCCGUCGGGGGAGGCGGCG